GCUCAAUUCUGAAAUGACUCAAGACACAUCAAAAUACGGUUAUUUGCGGGACUCCAUAUAACUUGUACUAUUACCCAUCUGUUAACAUGAGUUUGUCUGGUUUUUUUUCGGGUGUAGUGGCUGUAGAAUUUUAACCAGACAUACCACUAGCACAUGAUUCGGUACCACACAGCCUUGCGUCAGCUAGGAUAGCCACGCUAAUUAGUAAAGAGACAGGUUAUUUUUGGUGUGAGUGAGAGCGCUGGCGUGCACUACAAUAGUUAUUUGGCCAUAUGAGCAUAGCUAACAACUGCUUCGUUUCAUACCAUCAAGUCGCUAAAUCCUGCAUAUUUCAUGACAGAAAUCUGAAUUCGUUGUGUGUAGCCUCGAGUCUUGAUUUAUUUUUUGGUUAUACAUUUUGUGGUACUAAAACAAAGUCAGUGGUACAGACGUUUUAGAUUAUAGAUUUAUUCCGCAUAUCAACCAAUUGCAUUGAUUUAAUGUCAUACGAGGCGCCAUUAGAUAAUGGACCUGCAUUUUUAUUCCGAUCUAACGGAUGGGACUGGGCCACACGGAGAUCCAGAAUUCCUGGACCCUGGGUCUUUCAAUGGAUAUGACGAUAAGUUCCCGGAAGGCAGUGAUAACUACCUGACCAUCAGCGGGGAGGGCCAUCCGUUCCUCUCAUCCUCUGAGACGUUCCACACCCCCAGUCUGGGAGAUGAGGAGUUCGAGAUCCCCCCCAUCUCCCUGGAUCCAGACCAGGCGCUCAUCGCCUCCGAUGUGGUGGCCCACUUCGGAGAGCUGUCGGAUGGAGAGCGAGGUGGCUUGUCCACCCCCGGGAACGUUGUGGUCGGGGGAGACGACCCGUCCUUCGCCUCCACCUUUGUGAAUCCCCACCAGGGGUCUCAGGGACUGGACCACCACCUGAGUCUGGGGGUCAUCAGUCAGCCCGGUGGAGGAGGAGCUAUUCUGGGGUCUGCUCUGGGCAUGGAUCUGGGCCACCCCGUUGGCUCCCAGUUCAGCAGCUCCUCCCCCAUGACCAUAGACGCCCCGCUGAGUGACAUGGACCACGGCCUGUUGGGCCACAACCAGCUGACCACCAUCGACCAAUCGGAGCUCAGCGCCCAGCUGGGGCUCAGCCUAGGGGGCGGGGCCAUCCUGGCGAGGUCGCAGUCACCUGACCAACCACUGUCGGCCGCUGCUUCGCCGGCCGGCUCGCUACAGGACGACGACAUGGACGACUUCAGACAGAGUGUGUUGGUGGAGUCCCCUAUCUCUCUCGGCGUCAUCUCCCUCGAACCCCCAGUCUCCGACUCCCCUAUUCCUUCCUUCGCUCCGUCCUCCAGCAGCCCUCCUACUCUCGUCCGGAGAGGGGCAGCGGCCGGAGGAGGGAAGAAAGGGAAGAAAAGGAAAGAAUCUAACGAGCCCCAGAAGCCUGUGUCGGCCUACGCUCUGUUCUUCAGGGACACACAGGCAGCCAUUAAGGGCCAGAACCCUAGCGCCACCUUCGGAGAGGUGUCCAAGAUAGUGGCCUCCAUGUGGGAUAGCCUGGGGGAGGAGCAGAAGCAGGUGUACAAGAGGAAGACGGAAGCAGCUAAGAAGGAGUAUCUCAAGGCUCUGGCAGCCUACAGAGAUAAUCAGCUUUCCCAGCCAACCAUUGAGGUUCUGGACACUUCCCCGUCGCCUCCCUCUCCUCCUCCCGUCGCCCCACUCCCCGCCCCUGCUCCCCGUUCCACCCGUUCCUCCGUCCCCCACCUCGCCCCUGAAGAGAACACCAUCACCAACAUCUGCACCUCCAACAUCAUCCUAGCAGGUGGAGACCUCCCUCAGGUCACCACCCGCUCCCGUACAGGGGCGCACAAACCCCCCACUCCUACGCCCGCCCUGGCCCCAAGCCCCCCCACCGUUACUAAAAUCAUCAUCAAGCAACAGACGUCGCCAUCAGGGGUAAUGGUGGUGUCAAGUAGUACGGUAUUGUCUACUCGGCAGCCGCCACCACUCCAACAGAUGCAGAACACCCCUCCUCCGCCCCGUCUCCAGCAGAUGGUACAUGCCCAGGCCCCACCGCCACUGCAGGCCAAACCAAGAGGCGGGGGUGCCAUGGCACCACCCCCUCUGCAGAUCAAGAUCGUCCCUCCCGCCUCAGAUUUGGACUCUCCUGUUAUCGACACGGCGGCAGGGGGGUUAACCGUGUUGGGGGGGGCCACUCCGACCUCGGGGGAGGUGGUACAGUCCGCUGCCUUAGUAACAGCCUGUUCGACGGAAGCCGAGGACGGGGCUGAAGGAGAGGAUGGGAUGCAGGUGGAGUUGAAUGUGUCUCCGGGGCCAGAUGUGACCCAGACCUGCAGCCCUAACCUGUGUGUCCGAGCCGGCUGCACCAACCCAGCUGUAGAGAACAAGGACUGGGACAGGGAAUACUGCAGCAACGAGUGUGUGGCCACACACUGCAGGGAUGUGUUCAUGGCCUGGUGUGCGAUCCGAGGGCAGGACUCCACUGUCACGUAAGGAAUGGACAGAAGAGAGGAGUGAUAGAUGGACAAAGACUUCAAAGAGGAGUGAGAGGAGAGAAGAGUGAUAUAUGGACAUGAUAGGGAUUAGCCAGGACUAAAGAGAAAGGAGAGGGGAGUGAAGAAUGGAGAAGAGAAGAGAGGGACUUGGCUUUUUUCCACAACCAGACUAUGUCCUCAUAGAAUAAUCAAGCAGAAGACCAAUACUCCUGUGCUGAUACAUUAUGAAGUUUAAAUAAUAUCAUUUUAUAUGAAAUGUUUUUAAGGUGAUAUGUAAUAUAACGCUACAGGCACCACUGGUAUGUCUCUUGCAUUUCAUAGCUCGUGCCAUAGAGUUGGACAAAGGGCACAUAUUUGCAAAUGGUGCUGUCCAUGCAAAAAUAGACUGUGUUAAUCUAUCCAACUCUACGGCUAAUGACGGUUUUUCUCCUGACCAUGGUAUCAGUGUUGUCGUAUCCAAGUGAUUUCAAGGUAUGUACAGUAUAUUCGGAAAGUAUUCAGACCCCUUGACUUUUUCCACAUUUUGCUACG